UUCCGUCUCAGAGCAGCAGUUUCCUCCGUCAGUAGAGCCCCACCAGCACGCUCCACUGGGCCCUGUGAAAGCAUGCCAGGUUGCUUAAACUUCUUCCCAGAAAAAAUACCAAGGACAAGAUCUCAGUGCAGUGCCUGGUAAAUAUCUUCAUCCUUCUCUUCCUCCACCGUGCUCUGAGCACAGUCUUAUCUGGGAAAAAAGAGGCAAGUGUAACACCUCAUGCUGUACUGUGCUCAGACAUAUAUCUAUAAUAUCUUGUGCCUUUGAAGACAAUCAGCUUCUUUCUUGCCAUGUCUACUCUCCCAAGUAAAUCUGUGUGUACCAGUGAUUAUGAGUGAGUUACAUCGCUAGUUCAUCGCGUGUCAGGGGUUCGUCGUGCAUCAUGGGUUGUCCUGUUGAUGCUCUAGCCUCACCUUGAUAACCAUUAUUCAGUGCUGGACAAACUCACAACAGAUGGUAUAAACCUAAAGCACUGAAGAGGCAAGUACAAGGUCACAGACCAACAGAGAAUGAUCAUUUAUAAUUCAUGUACUAUUGUUUAAUGUAUGUUAAAACUGUUGCAUAUUGCAUUUUUUUUUAAUGAUACACUGAGACCUCUGGCACUGACGCACGUGGGAAGACAUGCCUCAGAGCCAGAGCCUGCUAGAAACUCUCCAUCACCACAUGCUCUUUGGAGCAUGUUAAUGUUCAGGAAUACUAGUGUGAGACAGCCCUCAGUGGAUGCUCAGACUAACUGACCAGUGGGAAAUAUUAACAUGAUGUAUUGGUCCAGCCCAGGACAGCAUAGACCAACAAACUCAGGCCAGAUCAGAGCCUUAUUUGUCCAGAGACAAGACACAGCAGGUGUUUAAGCUGAGUGCCCCAGCCUUGGCUCAUCCACCAAAAAGGAACCAAGACAGCAUCAGAGACCCAGCUGGCAGGAGUGCCACAGAGAGGGGAGCAGUGAGUGGAUUAAGAACAUCAUAAGAGGAGACAUUUGGGCUGGAAGCAGUUAAACCAGGAACCCGGGGCGCUGACUGAAUCUGAAAAGACAGUAAAGGCUUUGCUGUAACAAGUAAGUUUGGUUGGCUGUGUGUCUUCUGAAAUAACGGAGCCAUGGGAGGAGAGGAAAAAUCCUUUUGCAAUUUGCCAUGCUGGAUGCUGUGAGAAAGAGAGAGAUCAAGGACACUGAACAAAGAGCCAGAGAGGUAGGGAGGAAGAAGAGAUGUUCUGGUGUUCCACUUGCAGUGAGACAGCAACCUGUUCAGCACUUUGUAGCUGUGAGUCACUUGCUACUGCUUUAGACUGUACAGUUAUACCAUCAGAGAGUUUGCUGCAGCCGCUUAAAAACAACUUCCUUUGCCAGGCACCACCUUAAUAUCACCACCAUGGCAGAAGAGCUCCUCCAGGCCACAGGGGGCAGGAUGGAGCAGAUGGGUCAGAUAAGGCAGAUACCAGAAAUGCAGAUGUCCUCCUCCUCCUCCUCCUCCUCCAGCUCCUCAACUUUUACCUCUUCCAUGAGCUCCACCAAGCUGCGAAGAGUGUCUCAGGGCUUGUCGAGGACCAUGGAUGAGCACUCUGGGGUUCAGCGUAAGUCCUCAGCUGUGGUGGAGUCCUUCAGCCAGGUACAGAAAUCCACCCACGUCCCUGAGGGAGAGUCUGUCCCAGAUUUUGAGGAGAAACUGCGCCCCAUCACAGCCCAAGAGGGUGACAACGCAGUGUUCAAGGCGAAGGUGACAGGGAAUCCCCAGCCCACUGUCAGCUGGGAACGAGCCAGUGGGUGUCCGCUGUCUGAUGCAACAAAGCCUUUCUAUGACAAUAUCAACCAUCAGUAUAUACUCAAGAUUAAAAACCUCACACUGGGGGAUGCUGAUGUCUAUAAAUGCAUCACCUCCAACCAGCAUGGAGAGGCUAUCUACUCGGUAUCCCUCAUUGUUACAGAAAAUCCAGCGUUGGACUUCAAAAAGAUGCUGAAGAAACGCAGUGUGGAGAAGAGAGAGGAGAGGAAGCCACCUACAGAGGAGGAGAUGCUAAAGAUCUUGGCUGGAGCUGACAAGAAGGACUACGAGAAGAUCUGUGCCGAGCACGGCUUCACCGACUUCAGAGGCAUCCUCAAGAAGCUGAAAGAGAUGAAGAAGAAAGUGGAGGUGGAGAUGGUGCGCGUGCUGAAGCCCCUGGAGGACAUCACUGCCAAACCUGACACCAAUGUUGUGUUUGACACCAUCCUGGAACUGAAAGAUCCAAACAUCAGGAUGCAGUGGUUUCUGGGCACGGAGCUGCUGCGGAUCCAGUACUCUCAUGGGAAAUACGAAGUGAAACAGAUGGGAACCAAGCACAUGCUGUGCAUCUCUAGCGUGAGACUCAGUGACAUGGGCACCUACGCUCUCCAGGUUGGAGACAAGAGACUGUCAGCCAGGCUUAAUGUCAUAGAUGAACCUCUAAAAUUCCUGUCUGACUUCAAGCCCAAAAAAGUGACGGAGCGCCAGACUGCUGUGUUUGAGGUCCGUCUUUCCAAGAAGACAGACGCACCACUUAUCUGGAAGGUAAAAGGAAAGGAAGUAAAAAGAGAUGAAAAGUUCGACGUGUCCCUGUCUGAAGAUGGUCUGACCUACACCUUGAAGAUUAAAGAUGUGAAAGUCAGUGACACUGGAGACUACACCAUCAGCAUUGGAGACCUCACCACCACUGUGCCGCUCUUCAUCGAACGGAUUCCCAUCAAGUUUAUCAGCUAUUUGAAAAACGUCCGUGUGCAGGAGAGAGGCAAGGCCCACCUGGAGUGUGAGAUGAGCUCCAAGGACGUGCACAUUCGCUGGCUGAAGGAUGGGUGUGAUAUCACAGCGAGCCGUCGCUACAUCUUCAUGCGUGAGGGAAAGAGGGCAGAGGUCAUCAUCGAGGACUGUGAGCUGACAGAUGAGGGGAAGUACUCGGUCGUCUGUAUUCAGGACAAUGACUCACACGAAUAUGUCAGCUCUGCCAAUCUGACUGUGGAUGAGCGUUUUGCCUCAGUGAAGAGCGGUAUGUCAGAUGUUCAGUGUCCGACAGGCUCCCCUGUAGAGCUGUGCGUUGUCCUUGAUGAUGAGAAAGUGGAUGGAGUGUGGCUGAAGGAUGGACUGGAGAUUUCAGAGCAGAGUGGGGUUCAGGUGGUCAAACAAGGAGCUGUCCACAAGCUGAUCUUCACAGGUGUGUCUGAUGCCCAUGAGGGCAAGUACACCUUCAGAGCCAAAGGAGCAGAGAGUGAGGCUGUGCUUACUAUUGCAGACCCUCCAGAGAUUGAUUCCUCUGCACUGGACUUGUUGGGGGCCCAACCUGUGACUGUGAAGGCAGGCCAGACAGCCACCAUUAAGAUCCCCUUCAAAGGUAAACCACCUCCCAAGGUCACCUGGUACAAGGACGGUGUAGAGGUCACGGAGGAUGAGAGGACCAAGGUGGAGCGGACAGCUGACGGCACCACACUGGUACUCAGCAGAUGUGUACGAGAGGACAGCAGUGCAAUCAUGCUUCGCCUAAAGAGUGACUGUGGCACUGCUGUUGCUAACCUGCACCUCAACGUGAUUGACCAUCCUAAGCCUCCUCAAGGGAAAGUUGAGUUCCAGGAGCUUUCAGGAAAGUGUAUCAAGAUGAAGUGGAAGGCUCCCCGGGACAACGGGGGUAAGCAGGUGACUAGCUUUGUGAUUGAACGCCGUGUGGCAGGGAAGAAGUCCUGGAACAGAGUUGGAGAAGUGGACAGCAGCACCACCAUCUUCAGCGAUGACAAAGUGGAGGAGGGGCAGGCGUAUCAGUAUCGCAUCAGGGCCGUCAACGUGGAGGGAAUGAGUGACCCCCUCGAGACAGAGGAGGUGCGUGCUGGAGAACCGAUAGAGCCUCCAGGGAUGGCAUCCCAGCCCCAGGUGUCUAACAUAACCAAGGACACCAUGACAGUGAGCUGGACACCUCCAGGCCACGAUGGUGGAGCCCCAGUUCUGGGCUACAAUCUCGAGAGGAGGAAGAAGGGCAGCAACAUGUGGUUACAGGUCAAUAAGGAGCUGCUCACAGAUUCUAAAUUUGUGGUGGAUGGGCUGGUGGAUGAUGUGGAGUAUGAGUUCAGAGUGAUCAGUGUAAACAGGGCUGGAGCAGGAAGUCCCAGCACCAUUUCUAAUUCUGUCCUGGCCAAAGACCCAAUACGAGCUCCUGGCCUGGUGAGGAAUCUGUGUGUUUCUGACUCCACAAACUCUUCCAUUACUCUGAGGUGGACCCCUCCAGAGCAGGGAGAUGAGCCUUCGGGCUACAUCCUAGAGGUCCGCUCUGAAGAUGCUAAAGAUUGGAUGAAAGCCACUAAGAUCCCCAUCGCUGGUACUGGCUUCACUGUGGGAGGACUUCAGGAGCGUAUGAAGUACCACUUCCGUAUUCGGGCUGUCAACGAAGGAGGGCUGGGGGAGCCUAUUGAGCUGUCGGAGGGUGUACUGGCUCUGCCUCCUCCUGUGGCACCCAGGUUUGACCUCCAGGGGAAGCUGAAGAACCAGAUGGUGGUCCGUGCUGGAACAGCCCUCUGCCUUCACCUCAGCUUCAGUGCUUCACCUCCCCCAGUGGUAACCUGGUUCAAGGAUGGCAUCCUCACCACAGGAAGAGAGGUCAUCACCAAGAGCCAGAAUCACUCCCAGUUCCUCAUUUCCUCGUCUCAGCGGUCUGACUCUGGUGUCUACCGUGCCCACCUGAAGAAUGACUACGGAGAGGCUCACUAUGAUGUUAAUGUCAGGAUUACAGACUUUCCGCGACCCCCGAAGAACCUUCGCCUGGUGGAGGAGGUCCCAGGCACGGUGACCCUGCAGUGGGAUCACACCCCAGACCUGGUUGACGAUGAUGAGGGAGCACAUUAUGUCAUCCUUAAACGAGAUACCAGCACAGCUUCCUGGUUUACGGUGGCUGAGCGUGUCUUCAGCAGCAAGUACACUGUCACCGGACUACUGCCUGGGAGGAAGUACUACUUCAGGGUUGUUGCACAGAACUCUAUUGGAGAUAGUGACCCCUUGGACUCCAAGGAACCUCUCAUCAUCGCAAAGGAGAAAGAGUGCAUCAGCAGCCUUCAGUUGAAGGAAUAUGCUCCACCAUCACGUCAGGUGAAACCUACUUUCCUGCUGCCACUGAAGGAUCACGCUGUAUACAAAGGCCAUGACUGCACCAUGAGCUGCGCCUAUCAAGGCAUGCCAACUCCAAAGGCCUGCUGGUACAAAGGGGAAUCGAAGAUCUCUGACAACCCUCGGUUUUGGCACAGCACAGCCAACGGAGUGUGCACCCUGGUCAUCCCUACCUGUGGAGCUAAAGAUGGAGGUAGAUACACGCUAGUGCUGGAGAAUCCACUGGGGACGGCCAAGUGUUCCUGCAGCCUGGUGAUCUUUGAUAAAGAUGACAAAGGCCUGCUGGAGAGCCUGACCAACCAGGCAAACAAAGAGAAGCUUAUCUUGUAAGACAUGCCAUGACAGAUGCACUUUGAUUGGCCACAUACCUUCUGCAUGUACUGUCGCCACUUACAAUAACUUUGGCUAGGGUUGAAGUUUUAGGACAUUAGAAACAUACACAUCAGAUUUACGAUUGACCUGAGUCAUUGCUUGUGAUUGCUUGUCAUCUGUUUAAAAUGCUGUUUUUUCAUCUUUCAACUUGCUUGUACUCAAUUUUCCUGGCUCUGGUAAUACACAAUAUGAACACUAGA